AGAAUAAUGCAAUUUGUAGUUGCACCUUGCAAAGGGAAGCAUCAAAAAGAACCAUGUAAUAAGGAAAAAUUCUGUGGUAUCAAUACUUCUCUCUCCGGUCUAUAUAGCGCUCAGCUGCCUCGUAUAUUGCAAUUCUCCUUCGAACAAACACCACACCCAUUUAAGGAUCCGCCAUGAAUUCCUCAGAAACCAGUAUUUUGGCUGUUGUUUUUGAUUUGGACGGAACCCUCUUGGAUACAGAGAGGGUUACAAGGGGAGUUCUGAAGGAAUUUUUGGCGAAGUAUGGGAAAGAAUUAGACAAGGAGAGGGAAGACAACAAGAGGGUGGGGCUUACACAAAGUGAAUCAGCCGCAGCCAUUGUCAGGGACUAUUGUCUCCCACUGUCACCUGAUGAAUAUAUGAUGGAAAUAAUGCCCAUGUACAGAGAAUCGUGGGCUCAUGCCAAAGCCCUCCCCGGUGCUAAUCGCCUUAUCAAACAUCUCCAUAAACAUGGAGUACCGCUUGCUCUUGCUUCAAAUUCCUUCCGAGAAAACAUAGAAGCAAAAAUCUCUUACCAGCAAGGUUGGAAGGAAUACUUUUCUGUGAUCCUUGGGAGUGACCAGGUCAAAUCAGGGAAGCCUUCUCCUGACAUAUAUACUGAGGCUGCAAAGAGAAUGGGUGUAGAUGUAGCCUGCUGUCUGGUGAUUGAAGAUUCCUCGGUUGGUGUGAGAGCUGCCAAGGAUGCCAAAAUGAAAGUUGUGGCCAUUCCAUCACGAGGUGAAGCUGAUUGUUCAACAAUAGCAGAUACCAUUCUUCAUUCAUUGCUAGAAUUCAGACCUGAGCUCUGGGGCCUGCCACAAUUUCAAGACUGGAUAGAUAAUGCUUUGCCAAUUGAACCAAUAUAUAUAAGCAGUGUCUACAGAGAUGGAUCUAUAUCUGAAGUUGAAGAGGAUGACAAAUCUGCUCUUCGUGAUCAAAUCGUGGGAGUAUAUUUUGGUUGGACCAAAGUUGACAUGCAUCAGGUCUUAAAGGUAGUUGUUAGCAUUGGACAGAAUCAUUGUUGCAGGACUGCCAAAAGGAAAAUGCAAAUGUGUUUAGUAGAUGGGAAGAACCUCAUGGCAAAUCUACAAUUGGAACUAGUGCUUGUUGGUUACAUCCAGGAACUAAACAGCAAGGGACCUAGAAUUACAGAUAUGGAAAUUUUUGAGGAAGUAAAGUCCAUUGCAAGAAGAUCACUGGAUUCACCCAUGUUUAUUCAUCAUUCUUCCAUCCUCUCUGCAGCCAAUAUGGUGAAGUAAAUUGCCUCAAAUGAGGAAGAAUCUGGAACAUUUCAUAUAAGCUUUUCAGGUCUUUUGAUAUUCUAUAAGUUGUACCCUUUAUCUAUAUCUUUGCAAAUGAAAUAAAUUUUGUCAAUGUGGCCAUGGCAAGUUGAUACAAGGUGAAACGGGUAAAUUUACCCCUUUACUUUUUCUAGAAAUAAAUCUCUCUUCAUACUUUCAGGAAGUUUAAUGAAAUUAACUUUCUUAC